AUGAUCAUGGCCGCCUCACGGGGGGCGCGAUUACACCUCUUGCCUCUGUCCCACGCCCGUCGGAAACCCCCAGCCCCAAUCCCCUCCCGCCUGCAAGCGCAGGCACAGUGCUCAGUCUCUGGAUAUCGGGCCUUCUCUGUGUCCACGCCAUCGCCAUCCGCCAGGAGACCACACAGCUUCAACUCGGGCUUCACAAGCUCCUAUGACCCCACCGAUGUCUCCGACCGCGGGCCCAUGUUCGCGAACCCAAGCUUCGGGGUCCCACAAUUCUAUCCCCGCGAUCUCAAGGCCCGAGUCGACGAGUAUGUUGUCGGUCAGGACCGUGCAAAGAAAACCAUAUGUUCCGCCAUCUUCAAUCACUAUCAGAAUCUCAGGAGGCGGAGGCACGACCAGGAGCACGACAACAAGCUCCGCGAAAAGCUGCAACGCCAGAACCGGUCGCGUGAGAGAGAUCGCCUCGAGCCAUAUCGUGACCCCCACCCGGUCGAAGACGAAUUUCCCGGUCACUAUGAGUCCAUACAGCGGGGGCAUCAAGUCGCAGAUGCCGCUGCCGCUGCCGCUGCCGCUUCCGCCGAGUUCUACAUACCGGAAGACCCGACCAUACCACAUCAUACUAGAAUAGAUAAAAGUAACUUGCUACUGAUAGGCCCUACAGGCGUGGGAAAGACCUAUAUUCUUGAAACCCUGAGUAAAAAGCUCAAUGUCCCAUUCACAAUAUGCGAUUGCAACUCCUUCACUCAAGCCGGCUACAUAGGCCAAGACGUCGAAAGCUGUAUCGAGAGGCUCCUCAUCGAAUCAAACUACGAUACUAGAGCAACCGAGCAUGGAAUCGUGGUCCUGGAUGAGUUUGACAAGAUUGCGCGCAGAGAAACAGCAAAUGGCCGAGAUGUCGGCGGGGAAGGUGUCCAACAAGCUCUCCUCAAGCUCGUGGAAGGAACAAAAGUAACAAUCAACGUUAAGGACAACAAGUCCACGCGAUCUGCCGCCCCCAUAACGAGCAACUACGGGUCUGGCAGCCCGAGCAUGGCGCCUCCUACGCCUCCCACCUCAGGUAGGACAGACCAGUACACCAUCGACACAAGGAACAUACUAUUUGUCUUUUGCGGCGCUUUUGUCGGACUUGAAAGACACAUAUUGGCAAGAGUAUCGAAGCCGUCACUAGGAUUUGGGGCCGAGAUCGGCGAAGGCCGGUCCUCCAAGAAGGGCAACAAAACUGUCCUGCCGCGAGAGAUGUACUCUCAUCUGCCGCACCAACCUCAGGCAGCGGUAGGGGAUGAGCCUGGAAGCGUCGGCUUCACGCCAAUGGACCUGACCACGCCCGACGACCUACAAGCUUUCGGUUUCAUCCCGGAGCUCAUCGGUCGGCUACAUAAUAUCAUCGCACUGUCACCACUAUCGCAAGAUGAACUUUUUCGGAUCUUGACAGUCCCUCGCAACGGACUCGUCGCACAGUAUGCAGCAUUGUUCGAGACCUAUCCUUCCAGGUUGUACUUCACCAGGCGUGCCCUCCUAGCCAUUGCCGAGCGAGCUCUCAAGAAUGGCACUGGCGCCAGAGGGUUGAAAAUGGAGAUGGAGAGGGUACUUGCCGAACCAAUGUACGAAGCACCUGUGCAACACGUUCUCAUCACGGAGGCUUGCGUGAAAGGACUGGAGAAGGCUGGCUACUGGGGCAGAGAUGGGUGGUUGGAAGUUGAGAGGCGCAUCAGGGCAGAGGAUCAGCCCCAAGAAGUAGACGAGGCUACUGCAUCAACAUUUGAGCAAUACCGAGAGGCAGGACAAAGCGGCGAAUAG